UAAUGCUCAUCAAUGCCCCUCUCUCCUCUCCCUCCCUCCCCCUGUCUCUGCGGUCUUCUGUGAAGCCAUGCCCUUUGCAGCUCAGAACAAGGAAAAAGAUGGCUUCUUUGCAGCUGGGAACCGAGUAGCUUGAAGAAAAAGAUGUGCCUUUUAGGUUUUUUUUUAACGUUUACCAGCUCCUUCUUCCUGGUAUGGGCUCUUCAUCUUUUCUUCCUUUCUAUAGUCCCAGCUCAGUGAUAAAGAAAAUUUGAUUACGAAGUUAUGGAUAAUGCCCUGCAACCCCUGAUAACAUAGAGGAAGAAAGAACCGAAAUUUUUCUUCUUGGAGAUAAUUCCAUUCGUCUGAUCUUUACAAUGGGCUCAACAAGAAGCAGAGUCUUCACUCAAGCUCUGACCUUUUUGCUCUCAGCUGCGUCUGUAACCGUAGGAGUCUCAGCACUCGGCUCAAUGUCGUCCAUUGCUGUCUCCUACGGUGAGAAUGGCCCAGUCUUUUGCGCUCUGGUCCCUGAUGGCUCUCAUCUUGUUCGCUGUUUUGGCACUGAUGCUUCUAUUGUAUAUGGCGCCCCCUCAAGGCUUCCUAUGCUUUCUCUCACAGCUGGUGAUAGCUUUGCCUGUGGGCUUCUCUUGGAUACAAACCAGCCUUAUUGUUGGGGAAACAACUUCUAUGUAGAGAUGGGAGUUCCUCAGCCAAUGGAAGAAGGGGCUGCUUACUCAGAGAUUAGCGCAGGUGAUCACCAUCUCUGCGGCAUUCGUAAACAGCACAGAAGAUUUCAAACCAGCAUUUCAUUGAUUGAUUGCUGGGGUUAUAACAUGACUGCCUCUUUGAAGUUCAACGGCGAAGUUACAUCCAUAACAGCUGGAUCUUUGUUCAAUUGUGGCAUACUUGUUCGAAAUCGAACUGCAUUCUGCUGGGGGGAUGAGACAGGAAGCAACAUUAUCAGUCUAACUCCGCGGAAUUUGAGGUUUCGAUCCAUUUCAGCUGGAGGCUAUCAUGUUUGUGGGAUAUUGGAGAAUUCUCGGGUUUUCUGUUGGGGAAAGAGCUUAGCAGUGCAAGAAGAUGUUGAUUUGGCGCCUGUUGAUCCAAUGCUUUCAGUUGUGGGAGGAAGAUUUCAUGCCUGUGGGAUUAAGAGUGUGGAUCAUGAGGUUACUUGCUGGGGAUUUUGGCUUAAGAGCAGUGUUCCGCCGCCGAAAAACACAAAAUUGUAUGAAAUUGCUGCUGGAGAUUAUUUCACUUGUGGUGUUCUUGCAGAUUCUUCGCUUGCUCCGCUCUGCUGGGGAACAGAUGGUCCUUGGUCUAUACCGAUGGCAGCUUCACCUGGGAUAUGUGAUUCAAAUCCUUGCGGCCCCGGAUUCUUUGAGUUUAGCCAUCUGAACUUGCCUUACAAGUUCUGCAGGCCAGUGAACUCUAGAGUUUGCUUGCCAUGUAGUAAUGACUGUCCUGAGGAGACUUAUCUGUUAAGCUCCUGCAAUGCUACUUUGGAUCGAAGAUGCGAGUUCAAUUGCACAAAUUGUGUUUCUACUGAAUGCUCAUCAUUCUGCUUGCAGAAGAAAUCCACUCCUCAAAAUAUGUCUUCACUUCAAUUGCCAAUCUUUAUCUCAGAAUUGGUCUUUGGAGUGGUGUUGGUGAGCUCAGUAUCUUUGGUGGCUUGCCUCUAUGUUCGAUAUAAAUUACAAAGAUGUAAAUGUGGGGCAAAUGAACUGAAAACUGUAAAGAAUCGAUCUUGUUCUUUCCACAAGGAGUUGGUGAAGAUCCAACCUGAUCUGGAGGAGCUGAAGAUUCAUCGUGCGCAGAUGUUCACUUUUGAAGAAUUGGAGAAGGCCACAGGUGGAUUCAGUGAAGAAUCCCAAGUUGGAAAAGGAAGUUUUUCCUGUGUUUUCAAAGGAGUUUUGAAAGAUGGAACAAUUGUUGCUGUAAAGAGAGCUAUAAGAGCUUCAGAUCUGAAGAAGAACUCCAAAGAAUUUCACACUGAACUCGACUUGCUCUCGAGGCUGAACCACGCGCAUUUACUGAACUUGCUAGGCUACUGCGAGGAAGGCGGCGAAAGGCUUCUUGUUUAUGAAUUCAUGGCUCAUGGUUCUUUGUAUCAGCAUCUACAUGGAAAUGAACCAAGCUUGAAGGAGAGAUUAGAUUGGGUUAAAAGGGUCACCAUUGCUGUCCAAGCUGCAAGAGGAAUUGAAUACUUGCAUGGCUAUGCCUGCCCCCCAGUCAUUCACAGAGAUAUCAAAUCUUCAAACAUUUUAAUCGAUGAAGAACACAAUGCCCGAGUCUCAGAUUUUGGUCUUUCUCUUCUUUGCCCAACUGAUAGCAGCACUCCUUUAUCUGAACUUCCUGCUGGAACACUUGGCUACUUAGACCCUGAGUACUACAGGCUUCAUUACCUUACCACCAAAUCUGAUGUUUAUAGCUUUGGUGUUCUCCUCUUGGAAAUUCUCAGCGGCCGAAAAGCCAUUGACAUGCAAUUUGAAGAAGGUAACAUAGUAGAAUGGGCUGUUCCUCUGAUCAAAGCUGAGAAUAUCACAGCAAUACUCGAUCCAGUUCUGAAACCUCCAGCUGAGGAGGAAGCUUUGAAGAAAAUUGCUACUAUUGCAUGUAAAUGUGUGAGAAUGAGGGGAAAGGAUAGGCCAUCAAUGGAUAAGGUGACUACUGCAUUAGAAAGAGCUCUUGCUCUUUUGAUGGGAAGCCCAUGUAAUGAUCAACCAAUAUUGCCUACUGAAGUUGUGUUGGGAAGCAGUAGAUUGCACAAGAAGGCGUCGCAAAGAUCUUCGGCGCAGUCAUACUCAGAGACCGAUAUGAUCGAUGCCGAAGAUCAGAGAAUCGAAUACAGAGCUCCUUCAUGGAUUACAUUUCCAAGUGUGACCUCUUCACAGCGGCGAAAAUCGUCGGUUUCAGAAGGAGAUGUGGAGGCUGUGAAGAAUGCAGAAGGGAGAAGUCUUAGAUGCUUGGAGGAAGAGAUAGGACCAGCCUCUCCUCAUGAAGAGUUGUUCUUGCAGCAUAACUUCUGAGUAAGUGUUUGGAUUGUGAAGUGUAAGUAUCUAUGAUUUUAUGAGAAUAGCUCUUCUGAAAUUUUCUCAGACCUUUGUGUUUUAUUGUUUUUGGGGUGUAUUCUCUGAUCACAUGUUGAGCUGUUGGACUAUGAGUUUGUCUUCUAUGAUGAUUUAGUGAGAUGAGAUUGUAACUUGCAAGGAUUGUAAAGAAUUUAUGAAAAUUAUAAACAAGGACUCAUUCUCAUGUGAAAGGGGUUGGAGGGUUGAGAAAGCUA